AUGAACCCGAUCGCCUCGCUAUGGGAGUCUGUGCAUACCAGGACCGAUGGCGUCACUACACGCAUGGGCGAAUAUAUGCGUCACGUCCGAGAUAUCCGAGUCAAGUCUGGAACGAUCUCACCCUCGCUACUUUCGGAGCUCGCUACGCCCCUACUACCAAAUCUAAGACGACUUGACUGGGUGAUUCCUUUCAAGGCUACCAUUCAGCCAUUUUGGCCUUUGAUCGUCCCUUCCCUUACUACAGUGCACGUGGAUGUCUCCUUAGACAGCUCGCCAUUGCAGGAUGCCGAGUUUCUCGCGACGCUAUUGGACGGGCUGGACACUAUCGCACGUCGAUGCGCCUCGCUGACCACAAUAGAGAUUCUGUGGAUCUACGGCUCCCUCUUACCAUCUUCUGCCGCCGUCUUGGAUGCGCUAUCCUCCUUGCUCAGCCUCAAAGCAUUAUCCGCUACCACAAACGUCAUCGCAACCCAAGAGGCACUCCAAAAGCUGUCCAAGCUCCCAUCCUUGCGCUCCCUCCAAAUUUGUCACUGCGACCAGACCAACCUCGACGGCGUCGACUUCGUAGCUGCAAGUUCUGGCUUCGAGUCUCUUCAAGCCUUUUCGUUAGAAGGGCCAUCUUCUCUCGUUCACAACCUCUUGGAUGGGAUGCCUCGCUGCGGUGUUCGGCAAUGCACUGUCGCUUUGCAAGGCUAUGCUCGAAUACGCCACCAGGAGAUUAUCACCGAGGGCAUCGCCCGAAAAUUUGGUCCGUCUCUGGACACACUCUCCCUGUCGUUGCCCUGCGACUUCCAGGACAUAGAUUACCAAAGAAUCACCCGUCUUUCCGUCACCAUUUUCCAUACCCUCCGGACCAUCAACCUCGUAGAUGUGCGUUUGGCAUGGUUGGAGGCGGACAAAAUCUCCGAUGCCCUAUGCGAAGACCUGGCAGCCUCAUGGCCGCGUCUCCGCGUGCUUCAUCUAACGCCCUUCGAAAGCCCGACCAAUUUACCUUCGUCCGGCACCACACUUCGAGGCUUGCGCCAUGUCGCUGAGCGCUGCCCUGCUCUCGAGGAAAUGCGCCUGCAAGUUGACGCGACGGGAGACCACUGGGCAGAUGAAGCGGGAUCCGUACCGGCAGAGCGGCCGCGAACACGUGCAGUCUCCUUGGACCUCAUUACCUCCCCGGUCACGUCCCCCGAGGCCGUCGCGAUCUACCUGAAAGCAUGCUUUCACAGGGUUUCUGAACUCAGCUUCAGUCGGGUCGAAGCGCGGAUGUAUAGGUGCGGCGAUAGGAUCGCUGCGUGGGAUAGGUUGUGCGCUCUGCUUCUGUCGGAUGACAAGGAGUGA